GGAUACACUGUGACAGAAACACAUUGAAACUGUGUCUAUAAGCCAGCUGCGUCCUAGUGUGGACCCCGCUGUGCUUUUUAUCUCCGUGUCUGUCUGUCUGAAAUUGUUAUUUUUGACUGGUCGACGCUGUUUGUUUGUUAGUUAAUUUAUUUAAUCGUUAAAUCUUAAUUAUUAAUAGGUUAUACAGCGAUGGAUCAGUCAGCCGUCUACCCUGUGAAACUGUACGUUUACGACAUGUCUAAAGGAAUGGCCCGUCAGCUCAGCCCCAUAAUGUUGGGGAAACAGCUUGAUGGCAUAUGGCACACUGCCAUCGUGGUCCAUGGUGACGAGUUUUUCUACGGAGGAGAAGGUAUUUCCAGUUGUCAGCCGGGUGGAACGAUUCUUGGUGCCCCCAACACAGUGGUGGAUCUGGGAACUACAGAGGUGACGGAGGAGAUCUUCAUGGAUUACCUCACCUCGCUGGGAGAGUCCACCUACAGGGGGGAUCGGUAUCGCCUGUUUGAACACAAUUGCAACACAUUCAGUAACGAGGUGGCCCAGUUCCUGACGGGGGCAAAGAUCCCAGCCUACAUCACUGACCUCCCCUCCGAGGUGCUCUCCACGCCGUUCGGACAGGCUUUGCGACCGAUCCUGGACUCGAUUCACAUCCAGCCUCCUGGAGGAAACCACUUCAACGGGCACUACGGCCAGAGAUAGAGGAGCCAGACCCCCCGCAGACAAGAUCAGAGGAAUAGAAAUAUAUACAUUUGAAAUAUAGAGAAUUAUAUAUAUCGUGUACUGUACCACUACCUACACGUGCAGGAUUUUUAUGGACUUAUCUCAUCAGGGUUUUUAAACCUUCUCAAAACCCUUCUUAUUCUCUCUCUUCCCACCCAUUCAUUUUGUAAUAUUAGCUAGAGCAGGGGUGUGAAACUCCUGGAGGGCCCCAGUGUCUUCUGGCUUUCGUUCCACCCCCAGCUCUUCAUUCAUGGGACACAUUUCACACCUCUCUCCCAGGCCUCACAAUGUUUCACAGGUCUUGUACCUUGAAUCAAGAGCAUUUCUGUAGAUCAUCAUCAGCUGUAAAAAUAUUAAACACGUCCAAUUGAACAAAUAAGAGAUCAAUGAAGUUAAUUGAGAGCUGAAGUUGUAAUGAAAACCAGAAGACCCUUCAGAGGCCCUUGAGGACUGGAGUCUCACCCAGUCCUGGGCUUCAGAACUCCCCUAAACAAAGUAUAUUAUUAUUAUUAUUAUUAGUAUUAUUAUUAUUAUUGAAAUGAUCAGGAGCCAGGAGUUUGAGCAGGGUUAGAAACUCACACUAUCCCUGCUGCUGGCCUCAGUCCUGGGGUUCAGAACUCCCCUCAAAGAAGUCUAUUAUUAUUAUUAUUAUUAUUAUUAUUAUUAUUAUUAUUAUUAUUAUUAUUAUUAUUAUAAUGAUCAGGAACCAGGAGUUUGAGCAGGGUUAGAAACUCACACUAGCCCUGCUGCUGCUGCUGCACCCAGUCCUGGGGUUCAGAGCUCCCCUCAAUGAAGUCUAGUAUUAUUAUUAUUAAUAUUGAAAUGAUCAGGAGUCAGGAGUUUGAGCAGGGUUAGAAACUCACACUGGUCCUGCUGCUGCUGCUGCUGCUGCACCCAGUCCUGGGGUUCAGAGCUCCCUCCCCUUGUUCGGGUAUAGUAUUGAACUGAUCCUGAUCACAGCAUGAAUACGCCUCACCUGUGAGUCUGCAGGUUUACUAACAGGAGCUGUUCAUGCAGCUACAAAGGAGGAACGAUAUGGUUAACAUCAAACUCCUGAUCAUGUCAAUAACAGACUUCAUUGAGGGGAGUUCUGAACCCCAGGUUAAAAUCAAGCACUUUGUAAACCCCACCGAUCAAUAUCCCCAAAACAUUUGUAACCGCCCGAGUGUUAAAUUGAGAAAUCAAAUGAGCUGUGAUUGUGACGAGCAGAAGCUUUUUCCUGCGUGUGAUAUUGAUAGACUGGUCCGAAACUCACGAAGGGGACGGGAGAGAAAAGCAAGUGUGAUCAUUUGCACUGCAUCUGUGUAUUUUUAUCCUGUAUCUGUAAUGAAGGUGGAGUCUCUCUUGUCGUGUUCCAAACCUCAUUUUGUUGUAAUACAGCAAUGGGCAAACGUUUAGCAUCCCCCUCUAUAUAGAAUGAAUUAAUUUAGCUUCAUAAAGUCGAAUUAAACCUGCUGAAUAAUGUUACGUUAGCACUGAAUCACACACCGCUUUGUAGUUUUUCCAGUUAACAAAAGAAAAACUUGACAUUGAAAAAUGUGGCAUUUCAAAAUCUAACAUGAAAUACUACUGUACAACUAUUGAGGCUUCCGGUAGACUCUUGCAAUAUCAUUUUGUUUCUUUAAUUACAUGAUAUUAAAUAAUAAAAGAUCUGAAUUCUUUCUCAAUCCUAAAAUUCUAGGUGAUGCAAAACUUUUGGCCAGAGCUGUACAGUCUUCGAAACGAAACUCACGACAGCCAAUUUGGGAAAGAUUAAAUCUGUCUUCACUGACCAAUCAGAGUCCUGCUUUACUGGAUUUCUUCCAACCACAACUUGUUGCCAAGUCAGUUUUUAAUUUAUUUUUUGUGGUUUCAUUUUAUUUAUUUUUUUAAAUUUUUUUUUAUAACUUGUUGACUUUGUUCUGCAGUGAUGUUUCUCAUUUUAAGGUGAAUAUUUUGUUUUUAUACCGGCUUGAUUCGAACCCUGUGCCAUUUAGGUUUGGUGUUUCCUGGUCUUUUAUAAUAAACUAACACUUAACUGUG